CUGGGCAGGGGGCAUGGCAUCCUGGCAGGUGGUGUGACAUCAGGGCAGGUGGGGCAACAUCUGGGCAGGAGGCACGGGAUCAGGGCAGGGGGUGCAACAUCUGGGCAGGUUGUGCAGCCCCUGGAUAUGCUGUGCAACAUCUGGGCAGGCCCUGCAUCCCUGAGCAGACAGUACAAACUCUGGGCAGGUUGUGGAACCUCUGGGCAGGCCAUGCAACAUCUGGGCAGGCAGAGUGACAGCUGGGCAGGCCUUGCCACCUCCAGGAAGGCAGCGCGACAUCAUGGGUGGCCAGUGUAACAUCUGGGCAUGCGUUGUGACCCCUGGGCAGGUUCGUACCGGCCCUCGUAUGAGGAGAUGCUGCGUUUCUACAGCUACUACAAGCAGGCGACGGCGGGGCGCUGCCAGGGCCCGCGGCCCGGCUUCUGGGACCCUAUCGGCCGCUACAAGUGGGACGCCUGGCACAGCCUGGGGCGCAUGUCCAAGGAGGAGGCCAUGGCCGCCUACGUGGCCGAGAUGAAGAAGGUGGCCCAGAAGGUCAUCGACACGGUGCCCAUGGACGAGGCGACGCAGGAGAUGUUCAGGUACUUCGAGCCGCUCUACGAGGUGAUCCAGGACAUGCCCCGGCCGCCUGACGCCUUCUUCAAGAGGAAAGGGGACAACCAGGAGCAGAUGCCUGACCCCGGCCAGGACAGUCCAGAAGGGAGCCCGGCUCAGGAUUGCUUGCAGAGUGCCCUGCCCGAGGAGGAGAAGCACGGGGAGCAAGUGCCAGGAGGCGGGCUGAAUCCUGCCGCCGAAGCGCUCGAGGGCACCCAGGUGACCAGCGACUCCGAGGGGGAAGUUUACUGUGAUACCUUGGAGCAGAUGGAGCCCGACCAGGCUGGGCAGUUGCUGGCCAAACAGGGUCUGUCCCUGAACGGUGUCCGGCCUGGGCCCCCAGCGCCCCGCGCCGCUAGGGAGGGACAGCGGGCUGAAGGCGGAAGACUAGAGGGGAAGAGCAGCAGCGGCCUCGCAGGCCUUGGCGCUGAGAGAGAUCCGCAGCGCGCCGAGGGUGACCCCCAGCUUGCCCGCGCGAGCCAGGGGACGUCGGAGGAGCUGGACGCGCAGGUGGCCGGCGCCGUCCGAGCCCUGCAGGACGACAUGCGGCGAGUGCUGGAGAGGCUGAGCCAGCUGGAGACGCUCACCGCCGCGUGGGUGGACGCGUCCGAGGCGGAUCCUGACCAGCUGCUCGCUCCGCAGGCGCUGUUGCCGUGGCCCCUGGCCGUGUCCCCUCGCACCCUGCUCUUCCUCGUCGCCUGGCCCUUCGUCGCCCAGUGGCUGCUGCGCCGCUUGCAGGGCAGGAAGAGGUGACCGCCCGCGGCCGCCCCGGCUCCGUCGCGGGACCGCCGAGCGGCUGCCGCCACUGAUAAUUAGCGAUUCCGCUUAUCACAAGCCAGGCAAGAGCAAUCGGAUCGAUCCCCCCCUCCCCAGGGAAAGAGGCUGCUUUUAAGCGACUAUGCCAGGCCUGGGGGGGCGGCUGGCCGGCCGGCUGCGAGCCCGGGGCUGCCCGGAGCCCCCCCGCGCUCGCCCGGCACAGGGAGGAGGAGCGGCCGCGCGCCGCCGUCGCCCGGCGCUCUCAGGGUCCCUCCGGCACCGCAGCGACGGCAAAAAGCACUUUGCACCCAGGGAAAGCGGCGCGGCUCCUUCGGGAAGCGCCGUCUUCGAGCACCGCCGAGCACGUGGGCUCCCGGCCCCCCAGGUUGUACGUGCCCCGGGGCCGCCAGCGCCCUGCCACCGCAGAGGGGGGUCCCAGGUUUCGAGACUGGUUUAAGGACGUGCUUUACCACCCAAACCUGCCCGAAUUAAAGUUGCCUUUCCAUCUGG